CUGCAACAAGGAGGCUGCCUAGAGGAUAAAAACAUGGCGGCUGGUUGUGCAUGGUUCCUUGUGCUGGGGUCGGUUUUUCUGUGUAGUCUCAUGAAAACGCUCCUGCCGACCAUAUCAUCUUUCCUCUCAAAGAUGGUGCAGAAAGAUGCUGAGCAAGAGAGUGAGAUGAGGGCUGAAAUCCAGGAGAUGAAGAAAGAACAAUCCUCCAUUAGCAUGAUGGAUGAGUUUGCUAGAUAUGCCAGACUGGAGCGUAAAAUCAACAAGAUGACAGACAAGCUGAAAACACACGUGAAGUCAAGAACAGCACAGCAAGCCAAAAUGAAAUGGGUGGUAAACAUCGUCUUUUAUAUAUUACAGGCUGCUUUGAUGAUCUCUUUGAUAUGGAAGUAUUAUUCUGAUCCAGUGACGGUAGUCCCCAGCAGAUGGAUUGCUCCUGUAGAGCGCCUGGUGGCUUUCCCAACAGGAGUGGCAGGUGGAGUGGGAAUCACAUGCUGGUUGGUUGUUUGCAACAAAGUAGUUACACUAUGUCUCCAUGCUGUUAGCUAGUCAUUUAAAUCAUCUAAGCUGUGAUCGCAGUCUUUAAACACCUUCUUGUAACUAACGUCUUGCUCAGGAUUUUGUUGAUGAAAGCUGCAGUAUUGUUCUGUUAUUUAAAAUACAGUGCAUUUUGUCACAGGCCAUUUCAUAUUGUAACACAGUAGUAAUUUGGUGAUGUUGAAUUAUAUUUUUGUUAUGACUUGAAGUUAA